AUGGAUGAUACCGGGGAGCACUCUACAAUCCUGCCCAGUGAUGACGCGCAGUCGCACAAUGAGUCGUGGGCCCCACGCCCAAAUCCACAAACGAAACGCCGACCUCGAAAGCCUCGCAAGUUGCUCAGCUGCGAGCCCUGUCGGCAAUCCAAGCUACGUUGUGACCGCCGCCAUCCGUGCAGUACCUGUCGACAACGGGGAUGUGCCUCAUCCUGUAGGUUCGAGCGUCAGUCAGGCCCCAUUGCUGGCCCUGCUCUCCGGUCACCCAGACCACUGCAACUAGCACCGACACCAGGGGAUGCGGCAGGUCCUCCGCGUGCGUUUCCCUCGCAUAGAGACAUUGAUAGCGGAUUGGGGACGUCGCAGGGACCCCCGCCAGAAAUCCAAACCCCAGAUGACCGAUGGGAUGCCGUCUUGCAACGCCCGAGUGUGGACCAGAAUGACACGCACUCCGCAUUAGAGGACCUAUUCGCCCCUUCCAUGGUCGCACCCACCAUUUCCAAGGAGGAUCUUUUGCAAUUGCUGCCGCCAGAUAGCUGUUGUGAAUAUUUGAUUUCCGAAUACUUCACCCAUCUGUCGCCCCUGUUCCACAUCCUUCAUGGGCCUACCUUUGAAAAGCAGUACGCAACAUUCCUGCAGGCACGGACAGACACCACGUUUUCCUGGCUUUCAUUGCUCUUCAUGAUCUGCUCGGUGACACUGAAUUCCAUGGAUCCCGGAGACCCCGUCCUGGUGGAUUUACUCCCAGGAUAUCCACAACUUGAGAACGUAGCGGCGACUGUCCACCAGCUUAGGCGGGCUGCUUUGACUUGUCUCGCCCAGGAUCGCUUCUUGAUCCAUCAUGAUAUCAAUACUCUAGAGGCAAUCUUAAUCCUUACAUACAAUGUGUCUCAUAACGAAGGCGUGGAACGGGGUUGGAUACUACUCGGAAUGGCUCUGAACAUGGGAAUCGCAUUACGCUGCAAUGUUGACUCUCCAGACCUUAACUGUAUCGAAACUGAACGUCGCCGACGAUGUUGGGCUGGAAUCUUACUGCUUCAUACUUAUCAAGCCAUUCUGUUUCGCGAUAUUGACAUGUCGUUUCUCCACAACAUAAAAGCCACGAUGCCAGCGGAGGUUGAUGAUUCCGAUAUUCAUGAGGACAAGAUCCUGCAUACCAUAUCUCAUCCCACGCAGAUGGCUCUGAUGAAGUUCAAGCUACGGCUAUUUCGGCUUUCAACUGAGGUAUGUUCCCACACGUCCGGUCCCUCAAGGCUGGAUGAGCGUUUAUUAGAACACUUCGAUGCUGCAAUUGCAGAGGAGCAACAGCUAUGGGACUCUACCUUUUUGGUAAAUGGAACACCAAAGCUUUUAGAUCACGCCAGCUAUGCACACUGGUGUAUUAUGCAAACCUACGCUCAUCAGCUCUAUCUUCUUCUCCAUCGGCCAUUUUGCCCUUCCCAAUCAGAACACUUCCUACCGUCCUCCAGAGACAGGUGUAUCAAGUCUAGUACUGCCUUGCUUGACCUGCAUCGUCAAUUCUGUGAGCUGCCUAGGCUACGGCAUUACAAGUGGCUAGUCAAUGGAAUGACCAGCCUCAAUGCCCUGCACGGCGCAGUAGCCUUAGUAUCAUGCCUUCUAGGAAUGCCGGAUACUUUUGAUUCAGCGCCGUACUGGAAGGCAUUUCAUUCAGCAGUCCACCGCAUGGAAGACCUACAACAUCGCAGCCCGGUCUGUGCAAAGUCAUUUCCAAUCCUCCAGCGAUUACAGCAUCAGCUUUCCGCAAUAGAGACGUCGGAACGUAGCCUAGGUAAUAACUCUAGGUACUCGUUCGAAGACUGGAUGGAUGGCGUUGACUGGUUCGCUCUCGAUCCAACCAAUCUUAAUAUCUGGGAUGAGGUUAUGACUUCCACCCUUCCAGAAUGA